UUUGUCAUGAAGAAUGGCAUAUGCCAGCGGCCUCCAGUGCAGUGGUCUGAGGGGUUGUUGGCAGCGGUGGUGUGUUACCCCUACAUUUUGGCCCUGCAGCCUCAGGCUCUCUAUGUCUACAGUAUGGUGGAUCAGCAGCUCAAACAGACUGUGCCUCUGCUUAGAGCCAAGGGCCUACUCUCAACAACAGAGGGUGUGUACAUUUUUAUGGAGAGAAAGAUCCUCGGUUUGUCCCAUGUACCAUUUGAAGAGCAGAUCCAAGCCCUUGUAAGGUGUGAGCGAGUGGAGGAGGCAUUGGUACUGCUUGGUGGAGUUCAAGCUCGUCUUUCACAUGUUUCUUACAAGGAGCAGCAUAAGAUCAUCACUUGCAUGGCUGGAUUCAUUAAGUUCUACCAGGAGUCUUUUUCAGAGGCCAAAGAACUUUUUAUCAAAGGUGAGUUGGACCCUAGAGAAAUCAUCAGCUUGUAUCCAGAGAUGGAACCACUCAGUGAGACCUUUCAGUCCCAGCUGGUCAAAGUGAACAAUGCAAAGGAGCUAUUGGCUCUACGACAAGAGGACAGGACCACAUUUCAACAGUAUCUAGACUUCCUGGGCGAUUUCCUAAAGGUGGUUCGAGGGACGGAGCAGGGAGUUGGGUGCAGUGAGGAUAUCGAUAAUGCACAACUGAGAAUAUACACAGAGCAAGGUGACAGAGAAGACCUGGACGAGCUUGUGUCCUCUCCCAAUUCCUGCUCAAUCGACAAAUGUGUGCCUCUCCUUGAGCUGCACAAGAGAUUUUUCACACUUGGAUUACUCUAUCAGAGUCAUGGUCACCAUAUCAAAGCAAUCCAGACUUGGGUGAAAAUUACUGAUGGGCAACAUGAAGACAGCUCAUGCUCAAAUGUGUAUGAGCACAUUGUGAGAACUCUCAGUCGACUAAAACAGAGAGACGUCGUCUGGACGUUUGCAGACUGGGCUCUACAAAGAAACCAGGAGGUUGGAAUACAGAUUUUCACAAAAAGACAUCCAGAGGACCAAGACACAUUUGCACAGGAGGAUGUCCUCACUUUCUUAAAGAAGUACUCUCUAGCUUUGGUGUUGUUCCUGGAAUUUUUGGUCUAUGAUUUGAAAAGCGAGGAGGAGAAGCAUCAUACCCUUCUGGCCACAGCAUAUGUCACCCAGAUACUCAGAGCCUUACAGGAAGGAAAUGGUACUGAUUCAGAUGGAAGAAUGACCAGAGAUAAACUGCAACAGUUGCUGUGGCAGUCUUCCCUCUAUGACACCAUGACAGUACAUGAGGCCAUCCAGCCGACAGCCCUGCACAUAGAGCAGGCCAUCCUGCUUGGGAGAGAUGGUAACCACUAUCAGGCCCUACAGACCUUGGUCCACAAAGAGAGAGACCUGCAGGUUGCAGGGGCCUACUGCAGGAGGGCUGCUGUAUGGCAGGGACGGGAACUGGAACACACCCUUUUCCUCACCCUGCUCCAGAUCUACCUGGGCUCCAAUGAGCUAGCGAGUGCAGCUGUGGACCUGUUGAAUGCCAAUGCUGCUGCCUUUGACCUGGAAAGAGUCCUCCAGGUUCUGCCGGAUUCCUGGUCUGUUCAGCUGGUCUCCCAGUUCCUGUUGGGGUCCCUUAGAGAGACUUUCCAUCAAAGACGAAUGGGAGGGGUAGAAAGAGGCCUGGCCCAGGUCGAACUCCUUAGACACAAGUACACUUGGGCCCAAGGCUCAAAAAUAAUGCUGAAAGUGGAUAAGGGUCUGGUGUGCAAGACCUGCCAGAAGGACUUCAUAGAGCCAGAGUUUGUGUGUAGUCUUAGUGGUGAGCUGAUUCACACUAACUGUGGAAGCUACACAGAGUAACUUCCACAAAUCCAAUGCAAGUCAGAGGUACCUAUAUUAGCAUUUUCCCACUUCAUGUCAAAAUCAUCUAUAAGUAACUUUAUUGAGUUACACAAUCCAUUUUUAGAUACUUUAGGAUGAUUUGGACAUGAUGCAUGAAAAUGCUAAUAAUUAUAGGUACCAUUAAUUUGCAUUAGAUUUGUGUCAGAAUUGCUAAAAGGUUCGCAUUUUAAAUAGUGGCCAGGUAAACAAAACCAAAGCAUGGAUUGCUGUCAUACCUUGUCCAUAGACUGCUUACAGGGAAAGAAAACCAAUAUGUCAUUUUGCAAUUUGGGUGAACUAUCCCUUUAAGUUAGCAACAUUUGACAGCUGUGCAAGGGGACUUCCACAAGGCACUGUAAGUGUCUGCUUCUUACCCAAUCAUUAGUUUCAAGUUUAAUGGUGAAUUAGCAAUCUUACUGGUCCAUACACACUGAGUUAUACAAAACAUUAGGAACACCUUCCUAAUAUUGAGUUGCAUUCCCGUUUGCCCUCAGAAAAAGCCUUAAUUCGUCAGGGCAUGGACUCUACAAGGUGUUGAAAGCGUUCCACAGGGAUGCUGGCCCAUGUUUA